AUGUUUGACCAGCCAGAAGAAGUGCCCCUUCCACCCGGCUCCCUGGAACCCCAAAUUCCAGAACCGGAUAUUCCCAAUCAACAGGCUCCUCAACCUACGGUUAUGAACCAAACUCCUAUCUACACCCCUCUUCCUCAAUAUGUCUCUCAUCCAAACAUGCUACCGCUAUUGGAAGAUGCCUUCAAAACAAUGACUCUUAUUGGAACUGUCAAGAUUUACAAAGAUGCUCAUUCCAAAUAUCAUGUUGCGUCCGGAUAA